AUGUCCAGAAGCCUGGUGUUGCUGAUUCAUCAGUUGCCGUGUGUAUUUUUGUUUCUUACCUGUUUUCAGACACGGAAUCGAUUUGAAGGAACAAGGUCGGAAGUGGAGGAGCUUAUGAACAAAAUCAGGCAGAAUCCCAAGGACCACAAACGAGCAAGUCAGUUCACAGUAGAAGGCUACCUGUACGUCCAGGAAAAAAGGCCAGCUCCAUUUGGUUCCAGUUGGGUGAAACACUACUGCAUGUACCGGAAAGGGGCCAAGAAGUUCAACAUUAUCCCGUUUGAGCACAGAUCUGGGGGGAAACUUGGGGAUGGAGAGGUGUUCUUUUUGAAAGAAUGUACCAAAAGGCACACGGACUCCAUCGACAGAAGGUUUUGUUUUGACAUAGAAGCUGCUGACCGGCCUGGAGUGUCCCUGACGAUGCAGGCCUUCUCAGAGGAGGAGCGGCGACAGUGGCUCGAGGUGCUGGGUGGAAGAGAAGCUCUGUUCCACAGUUUUAAUAGAGCCAUCAUCCCAAGGCCGGAAGGAAGUAAGAGUCUUCCAGAACCUCUCAUGACCUAUGAGUUACAUGGAGAUUUCAUUGUUCCAGCCACUGCAAAAUUCUGUGCAUUCUGUGAUCCUGGCCCCUUAAUUAAACAGAUCUUUUUUCUUUCCCUCAUCAAUAUUAGUGUUUCCAAUCACUCCAAGCAGAAUCUAAUGACUGUGGCGAAUUUAGGAGUGGUGUUUGGACCAACUCUGAUGAGGCCACAGGAAGAAACUGUUGCUGCCAUCAUGGAUCUGAAGUUUCAGAACAUUGUUGUGGAAAUUCUAAUUGAAAACCACGAAAAGAUUUUUCGGACCUCACCCGACACCACAUUCCCUGAGCCCAUGCGCCUGUCGUCCUCACCCCCCAAUGCUCCCCCAAGACAAUCAAAGAGACAAGGACAGAGGAUGAAGAGACCUGUGGCCGUGUACAAUCUGUGUCUGGAGCUGGAGGAUGGUGACAGCCCUAACUCUCCUAAGGAGGACACUCCGACCAGCAGUCAGGACUCACUUUCUUCCCCGUCUCCUACGACUGUGGCUGCCCUUGGGCCCCCUGCACCAGACAGAAACCACCUUCUGGUGGAUGGAGGGACCUGCGGGGACUUGGCAGCCACUGUUACAAACCUCGAGGGAACCUGGCUGGCUAGAGGGGACUCUGAACGGCAAGAGGGGUCUGAUUCCACAGAAUUACGUCAAGCUGCUGUAGCCCCGGGCCUCAGAGGGCCCCUGCUGACCCUGGCACCCACACCCCUGCCCGGGAGCGGCACUUCACACAGCACGGCCACGCUCGGGAAUCACGGAUCACCUUCGGCACUCCAGUCCUGGGGAAGGUGGAAGGCACUUGCCAAGCAGAACUGUGUCGAUUGGUGGAUGAGUCGACGAGUGUCAGGUUAACAGAAUGGGUUUGUCCUUUGACAAGAAUCGGGACCUGGGACUUUCGGUCGUUCGUCCUAUAGAAGGAGAGGGAGGACAGCUGUCUGCCACCUCCACUGGCCGCCACAGCAGCAGACCCGCGGAGGAUCCCUCUCCCCCUGCACCUGCCGCUGAGGUUUGAAAGGGAGCUGUCCUUCCUCCACCGGGCCGCAGGUGGCUGCUGGUGGGAGGGAAUCGGUGUCAGCCUGGGGGAAGCAGAGAGUGCAGCCCUGCCCACGCCUGCCCCUUCCUGCAGGGCUGCCCUGGGCCCACACGCGCCCUGAGCACACCAGUGUAUUUAUAACAGGCUGCCCCCUGGUGCUCCUCACCUGUGUGUGCUUGCCCGGUGCCACCUUUUUACCCAAGACCCUCUCUGUAAAUGCAAUAAAGUGUAAUUUACUGUUUGA